GCCCGUAUCCCCUCGAUGACGUUGGAUGUAAACACAAAUCAGCUGAGCAGAACAACUCGCCCGGAAGAGCCAUCGCAGUCGUGACAAACGAGAACCAACAGUAAAUUCUUCAUGACACUCUCGCCUUCUAUACCGGAUGAAAAUGAGGGUUCCAAGACUUAUAAGAACCCUUCCGAUGAGGAAACAAACCGUGAUAGGAACACUGGUUGCCGUUACGCUGCUCUUCAUUAUUUACCAGUUUAAUUUUGUGGCGGAGCUCGGCGAGUCAGCCAAGGCUAGGCAUCAGCAACAGAAGCUAACCAAAGAAAGCGAUAAGAGAGGUGAAGCAGUGGAAGUGAAGAAGGUUCACCCGAGGGACGUCCGUGUACCCAAAGAGAAGCAAUCGAGUUCAAAGUCAGACUCCAAGAAUGGGCCAGACAAAAUGCCCAGCCAACGCCAAGAACACACUCAGGCCGUGGCCAAAGUGGAGCCCCCGAAGGAAGGAGGUUUCACCUGUCGUGCAUCUGGCCGAGUCAUUUCAAAAGACAUGGUUAAUGAUGACUACUGUGACUGUCCGGAAGAUGGGUCAGAUGAGCCAAGGACUAAUGCUUGCACAAAUGCGAAAUUCAGAUGUCAGAAAGUCAAGAAAGGAUUCUUUAGUGUGAUUCCUUCAGCCUGGGUCAACGAUGGAGUGUGCGACUGUUGUGACGGGUCAGACGAGUGGCUCCAGAAGAAAGUGGACUUGAUUAUAUCAAGGGAAACCCAGAAGAAAGUUGGCCGCUAUUUGUCUCCAUGUCCAAAUGUGUGUUAGGACUGAAGCAAGUUAGAUCUGUUUUUGUGAAUAUUAUUCCUUUGAAAGGUGAAAAAUGUAUCCUGAGUGAAAGGGAAGAACUAUAUGUAUUGUCUGUACAAAAGCCAUAGGAUUUUCUAAGUACUUUUCCCAAACAUUUCAAGUUUUUAAAAUAUUCCUUGGUUAGAUGCAUAAUGACUUGUAACUAUUAGAGCUUAGAUAGUCAAGGAAAAAUGUAUAUAUCUAUUGAAUAAUGUUGAAAAUAUAUGUAAUAAUAUAAGGUUUGAAAUUUUGUGAUUGUAAAUCUUCACAUGAAAGCUUAUUAUUAUUAUUUUGAGGAAUACAUAUAUAUUGCUAUUAUUGUUACUACUUGUUAUGUAUUAUAUUUGUUUUAUCUCAAGAUGUGUCUUAGCAGCAAACUACUUAGGAUAAAUCUUCCAAUUGACAGCAAAGAUGCCUUUUUAUUUUCAGAUUUAUUACUAUAGGAUGUUUCUGUUUUAAGUAUUCCAGAAUAUGUUUUGACGUUUGGUGUGUGGGAAAACAUGAGCUUAUUAGUGUGGUUUAACAUUCCAUUAUCUGUAGGGUUGUGACUGCAAAAUAUGUUGAGAGCAAAUAGAAAAAUGUUGCUUUGGUAUGGAUCAUAGAGCUAUAUUUUUAGUAAAAAUGGAAGUCAGAGAAAUGUUUGGACUAAGUAUUUAUUGCUGGUUACAUUUCAGUCUGUAUGCAUGUUGGCUGUCUUUCAAAUGCAAGGGAUAAGCAAAUUAGCAGAUAUAGGCUGACAUUGUACUAUUAUACCUUUCACAUAUUUGACGUUUUCAUAGGGAACUUUAGAAUAAUAUACUCUGUGUAAAGUGAAAAUAGAGCAUUAAACCUUAAAUAAUGUUUAUUAGUUUUGAUGUGUAUGUAACGAGUAUUUACAAGGUUCAUUCUGUUUUAUUUACCAUAAUAGUGUAUUAUAAAUUAUACACUUGUAUGGAAUGUAGUUAUUAUUCAUUUGUAUUUUUGUGUGAUGGGAUUUCAUAAUCUGGUUCUCUAAUUUGUUGUGGUGGUGUUUCUCUGUAUAUUUAUGUUUAGAAAUUCAUAUCAUGAAGUGAAGUGAAACAUCAGUAGAGGUCAUGGUUCUGAGAUUCCUAAUAAUUUGGAUUAUUUUAUUUUUAUUUGUUAUCAGUGUAUUAAAUUAGCUUUACAAUCUGUAUCAUUUUCAUAAUUUGUGUUGAUAGGACUUCCAGACAAUUAAACAUUUAUAAGUCUUG